AUGCUGGGCCUGGAUGGGUUGCUGAGACCAGCCUCUUCCUCCCCGUGCCUGGAUGGCAUUGACUACGAUGACUUCAAUUUCGGCUCCCACAUGAUGGAGCAGAAGGAGCCUCUGAUGGAGACAGCGGAAGGUCCCUACCUUGUCAUCAUCGAGCAGCCAAAGCAGCGGGGGUUCCGGUUUCGGUACGGCUGCGAGGGCCCUUCACACGGAGGGCUGCCGGGAGCAUCCAGCGAGAAGGGGCGCAAGACCUAUCCCACCGUUAAGAUCUGCAACUACACGGGGAUGGCCCGGAUCGAGGUGGACCUGGUGACACACAGCGACCCUCCCCGUGUGCAUGCCCACAGCCUGGUGGGCAAGCAGUGCAACGAGGCUGGCAACUGCGUUGCGAUCGUGGGACCCAAGGACAUGACGGCUCAGUUCAGCAACCUGGGUGUGCUGCACGUCACCAAGAAGAACAUGAUGGAGAUCAUGAAGGAAAAGCUGAAGCAGCAGAAGAUGCGCAACAGGAGCCAUCUGCUGACAGAAGCAGAGCUGCGUGAGAUUGAGCUGGAGGCAAAGGAGCUGAAGAAGGUGAUGGACCUGAGCAUCGUGCGGUUGCGCUUUACUGCCUACCUCCGUGACAGCAGUGGGAACUUCACACUGGCCCUCCAGCCCGUCAUCUCGGACCCCAUCCAUGACAGCAAAUCCCCAGGAGCUUCCAACCUGAAGAUCUCACGGAUGGAUAAGACGGCAGGCUCAGUGCGGGGAGGGGACGAGGUCUACUUGCUGUGCGAUAAAGUUCAGAAAGAUGACAUUGAGGUGCGUUUCUACGAGGAUGACGAGAACGGCUGGCAGGCCUUCGGGGACUUCUCCCCCACAGAUGUGCACAAGCAGUACGCUAUUGUCUUCCGCACGCCCCCCUACCACAAGCCCAAGAUCGACCGCCCCGUCACCGUCUGUGGGAACCUCAGUUUCCCCUACUCCCCCGGGCUGGCCUACAACAGCAUCUACUCGCCCGGCCCCCACCCUGUGGGGGGCUACCAGGGGGGUGUGCAGAUGAAGGGCCCCGAGGUGGAGGGGCCUGGGAGCGACAGGCAGGAGCCUGCGGAGAGCACCUACUGCAAGGAGCUGCAGAGGCACGCUCAGCUGUGCCAGCUGUGGAUGCUGGCACUGGCCCGUCGCAAUGCCCAUGCCUUGCUCGACUACUCGGUCACCGCCGACCCCCGCAUGCUGCUGGCGGUCCAGAGGCACCUGGCCGCCUCGCAGGACGAGAACGGAGACACGCCUUUGCACCUUGCUAUUAUCCAUGAGCAGACGGCUGUGAUCAAGCAGCUGAUCGAGGUCAUUGUUAGCAUCCCCAGCCAGCAGAUCAUCAACAUCACCAACAACCUGCAGCAGACGCCGCUGCACCUGGCAGUCAUCACCAAGCAGCCCCAAGUGGUCCAGCUCCUGCUGCAAGCCCGUGCCGACCCCACUAUGCUGGACCGCUACGGCAAUUCCCUGCUGCACCUGGCGCUCCAGGCUGGCGAUGAAGAGAUGCUGAGGACGCUGCUGGCACACAUGGGCUCGGCUGCCCCUUACCUGCUCCGCCUGCCCAAUUUCCAUGGCCUCCUGCCUGUGCACUUGGCCGUGAAGGCAAAGAGUUUGGCCUGCCUGGACCUGCUGGUCAGGAAGGGAGCGGACGUGAAUGCGGUGGAGAGGCAGGGUGGGAGGACCCCGCUGCACCUCGCCGUGGAGAUGGAGAACCUGAACAUGGCCACCCACCUGGUGAAGAAGCUGGGAGCAGAUUUCGACAGCCGGACCUUUGCUGGAAACACCCCCCUGCACCUGGCCGCCGGCCUGGGCUCCCCCACCCUCACCAAACUGCUCCUCAAAGCUGGGGCAAAUGCGCUGUGCGAGAACGAUGAGCCCGUGAGCCCAUCCUCAUCGGAGGCCAGCAGCGACACGGACGCCGACCCCGAGGAGCAGGAGCUGGCCAUGGAGCUGGGGGAGCCGGCCCGGGCCGUGGAGCACGGCACCAACCCUGAGCCCCCCACGCAGGGGCACGGGCAGGGAGGGCACAGGCAGCGCCGCUGCCACACGGCCCUGGACCUGACUCGAAGCCAGAAGCUGCGGCGGUCCCCGCUCAGUGUCCUCUCUCCGCAGCUGGCGGGGGGCAGCCUGGGGGGGCUGCUGGAGGCGCUGGACUCCAUGGGGCUCCACAAGGCUGUGAGGAUGCUCCACAAAACUGAGACGCUGGAGAAACUGCAGAGCACAGAGCUGAAGGAAGACAGUGCCUACGGCAGCGAGUCGGUGGAGGAGGAGCAGGCGCCCACGCUGGCCCUGAAGCCGGGGCCGGGGGGCGAGCUGCCCCACAGCCAGCAGCCACAAGUGCACUGA